AUGAAGAUCCAAAAAGUCGAAUUUGAGAUGGAUAGAAAGCGAGAAGAACUGCGAUUGUUGGAAAAUAAAGCUCAAAUGUCCAGAGUUGAACUAGAAGGAUUCGAGAAAGAAGAAAAAAUACCAAGACAGGCUCAAGAACGAGGGGAGGAAUUUUUGAAGACGCUUCUGAAGGCUGGAAAGGACGAAUUGGAGGACACCAUCAACUUCCAAGAAAAACUCGAUAUUACCAAGAUUAUAACCAUGCCACCAAAAAGAACCUUCUGCGAGAUGUCUGGAGAUGCCGCAAAGACCGAGGCUCAUCCUCUUGACUUGAUAAAACAGACCAUUGAAGUCCAUGCGAAGAUAAUGAGACACAAAAAUCAAGCCAUUCAAAAAGCAAAAAAAUCUAUCCUACGAAAUCAGCUGAAGAUUGAGGAACAUCAAAGCAAGAUCGAAGAACUCAAUAAAUUGAAUAUCAAAUUGAGAGACGAGCAUGCAGAGGCGAAGGAAUUCGUUAGAGAGGCUUAUGAAGAAGGCAGAGAGCUCAAGGCUAUAAAAAAGCGAGGGGAGGAACUCGAAAAAGCAUUGUUAGAUAUUGCCAAGAAGGAGUUCGCGGAAAAGAUGCAGGAUAUGCUUCAGGAGGCAAAGACUAAGAUGAAUUUGCAGCAAAAUAUUCGUGCACCUCGAAUUACAACUUACAACUCAAACUUCCAAGCUACAACCAUGAAGCCCAACAAAAACGAAGUGACAGGCAAAAAUGCCGGACAGAUGUCCGGCUUCAAAAUCCUCAAGACUGUCACCCAACAGUCUACACAAUCCAAAGAUACACUUGCGCAAACUCAACAUGCCAUUCGCGAACGCCAAAAGCAAAUCGAAGAAUUCCAGAUAAAGAUUCAGAAACAUGUACAACACAUUGCAACACUACGACAGGAGGAGCAAGCCUUGCUGAAGGAGCAAACACACUUCGAGGUCGAAAGACUACACCGCGAACUCUGUGAUAUCGAUAAGGAGAACGGGCAAUGA